UUAUAUUAAAAUUACUGUAGAUUAAUCAAGAAAUUUAGUUCUAUUUACCAUGAACCGGUGUGUGUGAUCGUCAUAGUCUCCAGUAGGUGGCGGUGCAUUUUGCAGCUGAGCUACGCACAGCUUGUAAAUGAAAACACAAAGUAGCAUUUUGUGUACGGACAUUUCCUAACAGCUUUGGGGACAUAAUUGUGGGAAACGGGUUGACCGGUUUUGUUGUUUUUAGCAUUGUUUGUAACAGUUUUUUUUUCUGUAUGUGCUGAAGUUUCUUCGGUUACAAAAACAUUAAAAAAAAAAGCAGUCAUGUCUUAGUUAGCCUAAGGUUAGCCAGAGGCUAGCCUGCUGUGUGCAGCUGGGUGUCUUAGUUGACUAAAAUGUCUUUUAGACGGGCACUGGUGGAUUGUGCGGUGUUGUCGCUGCAAGAUGGCUGUGUGCUUUAUCCGUGUUGCAGAGGCUGUUUCUCCAGGAUUGAUGUUGACCAGCAGGACACUACGAGAUGCAGAUGCCACAAGUGUGGCUACAGGUGUCUGAGAGAACAGGUGGAUUACAGGUACCGUCUCUCACUGAGGGUGGCCCGGGACAGAUGUAUAUUUGGGAUAACAGUAUUUGGAAACAGCUUGAACCCAUUCUUUGGCAUUCAUGCAACUGAAUUACAAAGAUUGGUGGGAAACUUGGACGGACCUAUGGAACCAUCAACAAGAUUCACAUUGCUAGUGAAGGCAGUCGAGGACUGUUUCAUUGGCAGACAUUUUAUCUUUGGUAUAAAGGUAAUGGAAGCAGAAAGUGGACUUUGGUUUGGAGGGCCUGUUGCGAGUGGCUCCAGCAGUAAAAAUGGAGCCCAGUUUGUUGCCACUCAGAUGAUUCUUCCCAAAGCUACAGGACUGGGAGGCUGCACAGUAGUCAGUUAUUAUCAGAUUCUUCUUCAGAAAGCUGCUGAAUCUGAACUCAUAUCUGCUGAUACCUGCAAAACCCCCAGAUUUCAAGCAACAAUCCCGCUGCUCAUUCAUGCUCGUUCUUCAACUAGCAGCUUUAGCGAUGCCACACUAUCUGCCUCUGGGUUUCUGUCCCAGUCACUACAAAGAUCACAGUACAAAGACUAUAUGCUUACUCCCACCCCUCCAUGGCAGCAAUCACUGGGGCUGGUUACUUCAUCAGCAGAGCAAGAGGAAGACUGUACUCAGGAAAGUGGAGAAAACAGCAGUCAGACAAACAAAAGCAAGGCGCCACAUCCUGCACAGAGAGGCUGCAAGGAAAACCACAAAGUCGCAGAGGAAUUAGCUCCUCUUCUCUUGUUGGAGCACAGUGUUUAUGGUGGUCCAUCAUUUGAAAAAUAUCCAAACUCAUCUAUUGCAAAGGGAGCUGGAAACAGCCCUAGCCUGAACUCUUGGUUUAGUUCUUCCCAGGCUGGCCAGAAAAGGUGCAGCCCCAAGGCAAAGGAGUUUUCCACUGGGCAACUCACCAGAACAUUUUUGUCAAGCUCAUUGGCUUGGGAUGAUUUGCCUUUUUCUGAAAGUCUGACAGAGUUUUUAUGUGAAGAAAAUAAAGAUUUUAUCAUUGAUAGUGAUACAAAGCCAAUUCAGAAUGUACACAGGAAGGAAGAAAAUGCAAGAAAUCAUUUGGGAAACACCAGUUUAAUAAGUGAAACAACUAAUACUUGUCAAAGAAAUGCACAAAUACCAGGCAGUCAUUUGCAGAUGUUACUGGAUGUCACAGAUACACCUGCAGCAAAUGGAGCUGGCAGACAUGAUUCAUCCAGCCAAGAAUGCAAACACCCCAAUAAGUCUGUCAACAGGAGUCAAGCUAUAAACAUUUUUUCCCAUGAGCGUAAUCAGGUGGACGAGGCAGCUAGUUCUCUGUCUUUUCAAAAGGAGGAAGAACAGCAGCUUGAAGGGGACACCUACAACUGUUCAGCAGAUCUGUUCAGUAGCUCACUCGUGAUCACUAUGGACCCACAGAGGCUUAGCAUGCACGCAAAAGCCAUCAGGACUACCACGGAAGCUUGCUAUGAAAAUGUGAAUGUGAUGCAGUCAACACCAGACAAACAGGAAUUAAAAAGUAAGUACAGGGAGAGUUUAAUUCCACAAGACACAAAAGAUUUUGACUUUGUCCCUCCCUCUCAGUCCACACCUAUAAUAAAAGUGGGUGUUGCAUCACAUUCAUCUGCUGCCUUAUACAAAAGCACAAGUGAAUUCAGUUCACAACCUAAUGAUCAGGAUUUAGGAGUUUUUUAUGUGAAGUCACAUGAAAUGGACAGUAAAACCAAUUCUGUUUAUAAAUUGAACACUGGUGCUACCCAGGCCUUGCAGGGUGGGAAAGAAUCUACCAAAGAAAAUGUGUGGAGCACAACAUCCAGCAUGCACAGCCACAGACUCACCCUAAAAAAGAGGGUCUUGAAACCAGUCAAGCAUAAAAGCCACCUGCAUUCUCAGCAGCACCUAAAGAUACAGGGAAAGGCUCUAAACAUGUCAAUGAACUACAAAUAUGAGUCAAAAAUUAAUGAUGUGAUAGAUUCUGAUUGUGAGGACAGUGCCAUAAUUGUUCCUCCUACACCUACUGGUAACAUGCAGUUCAGUGUGCCACUCAGAAGAAGAAAGCUGACUGACAAUAGCAACAAUUUGGGUUCUACUUGGGAAGCGCAGCAGAGAGAUGAAAUUAACUGCAACACAACUUUGUUGGAUCAGACUCUCACAUCAUCAAACAGAGGUCUGGCACAAACAGAAAAUUGUGACAGUGAAACAGUUAGUGAGAGGAGUUUUCAUCAUGAGAACCAGACGUGUGACUGGUCUAAAGAUCUGUUCUCUGACUCUUUCUGAGAGGUUCUGUUGCAGAUUGGCUUUAAGAAAUUCUGCCAAGAAACUGUGCUCUAUUGUGUUGGAAUAGUACUACUGCUGUUACCAUUACUGUUGCCGCAUUACUCUGUAUGAAACAGAUAAAAGGGGCUCGUGCAUUAAACACUACAUAGGAGAGAGAUGCUGUCUUGCCCUCUCUUCUCCCGUUUGCACCUGGAUGUCUGUUCACCUCCCUUAUUUAAAUGUGUAGUCUAAUAUAAUUGCAUGUUUGAUUUUAUGCAUUGUUUGGGAAGCACUUUAAGUUGAAUGGAAUAUGCAAAAAUAUUACAGUGCCCAACUUCAGUGCCUGAUCUCAUAAGGACCUGCAGCUGGGUUCCAAAAUCCCAGCUUAGCAGCAGUUAAGGUGGGGCAAGUCCUUGUUAAGAAAUAUGGUUUUUGAAGCACAUAUAGUGUUUGCAUGUCUGCAUAUAUAAAUACAUAUUUCUGAAAGCAACACUGUCUUUGAAACCAUUAAGGCUUUUUUUCUAAAGCUUGACCUCAGAUGAACUUUUUAUCAUUCCACCUUGUUGGUAUUUGAACAAUACUGUCUAUGAAACAUUG